ACUUACAUUAGUUCCAAUAAAUUUCGUUACGAUCCACCAUUAUUUUUACUUCCAAAUUGAAGUCGUAAAAUAAACUAUUUUUAAUGAAUUCCUUAUUGAUUUCGGAUUGAUGACUAAUGUUAAUAUUAAAACGUUAAGAAUUCAUCAUCUAUUAAUAAGUGAUAAACAUUCAUGAGAGUUUCAAUUACAAAUUAAUUUAUUUGAAAUUAUAUCAAUUGGUCGGUGAGAAACAAUGGUUGCGCUUACACAUAAUUUGCAAAGUGCAUAUUUCAUGGCAAAAUAAAAGUAUCCAUGAAUCAAUUUUAUUUAGAAAUAAAAAUUAAUUUUUCUAUCUUAUCGAUAUAACCGGAGUAUUUAACUUCGUCUAGCUAUGAUAUAUAUAUAAGUUAAAAGAAGUUUAUUUUACAAAGUUAAAAUGAUGUCUAAUCCAGUUCAGUCGAGUAACGACUGGAAAUUUAAUCGAACUCUUGGCGCCGGGGGCUUUGGAACUGUUGAACUUUGGAUGCAUGUCCAAAGUGGUAAAAAAUUUGCAAUAAAGAAAUGCAAGUGGGAUUAUUCACAAUUAACACCAGUCCAACGGAAAAGAUGGGCCAACGAAGUUGAUAUAAUGAGCCGUCUGAAACAUCCAAAUAUUGUGAAAGCAGGAUUCUUACCAUUCAAGCUUCCAAAUAUAGAAAAUAAUUUGCCAAUUCUCUGUAUGGAGUACUGUAAAAAAGGAGAUCUAAGAAAAAUUCUGAAUCAUCCAGAAAAUUGUUGUGGAAUUAGAGAAACAGAAGCUGUUAAAGUAAUGACUGAGGUUUCGUCAGCUGUGGAAUAUUUGCAUUCUCAAAACAUAACUCAUCGCGACCUAAAACCAGAGAACAUAGUUCUCCAAGAUGAAAAUAAUGUACUAUUGUACAAAUUGAUAGAUCUUGGAUACGCUAAAGAACUUGGAGAAGCUAGUCUAUCUGCCUCUUUAGUUGGCACAUUGAAUUAUGUUGCCCCAGAACUUCUCUGGCAGAAAAAAUAUAGUUGCUCAGUCGAUUACUGGAGCUUAGGAAUAUUGUUUUAUGAAGUUGUGACUGGAAUAAGACCAUUUCUACCAAAGAUGCAACAUACUAUGGAAUGGAUGAAACAAAUUCAAAAUAAGGAUUAUGAAGAUAUUCAUGCUUAUGAAUCAGAAGGGAAAAUCAUUUUUGGAAAGGACAUUCAAGAUCCAACUGAUUUAUCAAAUAAUCUGCGAAGCAAAAUGGUUGCUUGGUUUAGACUGGUUUUACAAUGGGAUCCACACAAAAGAGGCAGAGUGUUUGACGAAUCUGGUAGAUCUGACUUGAUGGUAUUCAAGAUGCUAUGGCAAAUAUUGUCUAAAAAGGUAUUGUACAUUUUCUGUGUUCCGCUUUACAAAAUUAAGAUAUAUGAAGUCGAUGGCAACACUACUGUGAAAGAUGUUCAAUUAUUAAUAGAAAAAAAUACUAAUAUCAAAGUCGAACAUCAAAUAUUAACUGAUUACAAUGGUGCUGUAUUGAUUGAAAGUAGCGCAUUGCUUGUCUCAAAAACUAACGAUCACACUUUAUUUGUCUUUAAAGAUGGAUGUUAUUUGACCAAAGAUAUACCUACCCUGAAUAUUCCUGCAGAAGUGGAUAAAAUGAUGAUACAAUUAAAGGAUGAAUUGACUUUCGAAGUAUUGGAAAAUUAUUAUCGUUAUACAAUAUAUUUUGUGAGAGAACAAGUAAAUUUAUUUCAGUUAUAUGUUUUUGCCUUUAGUAUAAAUAUAGAUUUGUUACAUCAGAAAAUCAAUACUUUCAAUACGAACAUGGAGAAGACAUUGGAAAAUACAAAAACUCUUAUGAAUCAAGUAGAUGUGAUUCGUCUAAGGUAUGCGAAUUCGACAUCUGCAGAUGCAACUGACAGAAGGGAAGUUUUACGGCCUUACUUUGACAAAAUUGACAAAUUGGUCAAUGCAGCUGAUCAAAUAAAAAUGAAGUUUAUAUCCUUGAUGGAGAAUAAUGAUAAAUUCAGAAAUGAAGUUCAAAGUAUUGAUUAUAUGAAGGAUUUGUUGGAAUUAUAUAGCAAGAUCUGUGAUGUAUAUGUGGACUUAAAACAGAGAAAUACCCAUAAGACAGCAAAACCAUCAAGUAUGGUAAAGUUGGUGUUUGAAUUUUUAAAUGUACGCGAAAUACAACUCAGCCAGAAUAUAAAUAUUCCAAGGCAAACACAUAAUUUGCAAGAUGAGCUAUUGAAAUUGGAGAAAAUAUUUAAUUCAGUUACCGUUAUGACAAAAUUGUAUUGGAAAGAAUAUCAGAAGAUUGCAGAAUUGGAUGUGGAGAUUGCCCCGCAACAAUCUAACAGUCAUCAAUUCGCGAAUAUCUCUACUAUUGAAUUAAAUAGCGCUAUUCAGUCGGAGGACAAUGUGAUAUACGAUAAUUUAGUCAUACUUCACACGAUGGAGAACUUGAUGGCCGAAAUGCAGAAGAAAUAUUUGGAAGUACUUAAUAUUGACCCGUUUUCGGAGUCAAUAAACACGUGGAACAUAAUGACGUAUACCCCACUUAAUGUUGGCAUGUUUGUCAGUCUUAACAAAUGUGUAAACAGGCCUGUUCAACAGUUGUUCUGGUUUCGUUAUUUCAGCUGCAUUAGAUUGAAGAUUUACAAUAAUUACAAAUACGUAUGUACUCGAAAAGGAAGAUGAGUGAAAGAGAAAAAUCACACACGAGAGUAGUUAAAAAGAGACUUGUUUUUAAAGUGUAUAUCAUAUGUUCAUCUGGCUGUCGAUAUCCCGAUGAACUGUCACAGAGUGAAUCAUUGAUCCAGCGAACUGUUCUUAAAUUUGUUACUUGCAUAGUAAGAAGUGAAACGGUCGAGUGAAUUCUAGUGCGACAAUACUUCUUUUACCAUACUUUCACUUACGACCUAGAUUUUACUCAUUACAUAUAAAAUUUAGUUGAAUUACGAAGAGAAUAUUCUGUUAACAAUUUUAAUGAGAUGUAUAAAAUAUAGAGAGAUUGUUAUAUUUUAUACAAUAAAAGAUAAUAUUUUAUUAGAAAACUGUAUACACAUCCUAAAUCGAGGAUCGCGAACAACGAUGUUAAAAUAAAUAUUAUGUUCUUUA